GUAGUUUUUAAUGGAGACUGCUUGUGAGAUAAAUAUUUACUGUUAAAUAUUAUAAAAUGGAGUCAUUGGGGUCUUUAGUUGUGUUGUGUUCUACCAUUUGCUUUUUGUCAAACUAAAGUGCCAUCAUGUAGUGGAUGCUGUGACAUUUUACACAAUGUUACUGCCACGGUCCAAGUGUAAAGCAGUAGUGGGAUCGUGAACAUGUAGGUUGUGUAUAAACUGAGAGAGAUGUCGUUGAGAGGCACCAAACGGGCGUCUGGUGUGCGCGGGGAGGAGCCGGGCACAUCAAAGCGCCGCAGGACGGAGCCCGAGGAUGCACUCUGGCAGCUCCGUCCUGAUGUCAAAAUGUCAUCUAUAUACAACAGGAGUGCCUCAGAGGCACCUGCUGAACUAUUCAGGAAAGAUCUCAUCAGCGCGAUGAAGCUCCCAGAUUCGGAGCCUCUCACGCCAAGUCACUAUUGGGUCAUCACAGACACAUGGAAGCAGGAUUGGGAGCGAGGAGUACAAGUUCCUGUGAACCCUGACUCACUGCCUGCACCCAAAGUCAAGAUAACGGACAAUCCACUGCCACCAGAUUUUCAAGAAUUCAAAUUGCCCAACAAUAAGUAUAUACACUUAAUGCGUGAUGCACACUAUCAGCCUGAUAAACACCAGCUGAGCACUACGCCUGCUCGCGCUGAAGCCGCUUGCAGCUAUGAUCUUGAUGCCUUGGACACAGCUUGGCUGAAACUGCUCAAUGCGGAGCGGGCUAGGGCUGGGGCUAUGCCGAUCUCAGAAGAUCAACUUGAGAAAGUUUUAGAAGAGCUGGAGGUCCGAACAUGGGACAAGAUCCAAGCUAUUAUGAAGUCAGAAGAAGGUUUAGGCAUCGAAUAUGAUGAGAAUGUAAUUUGCGAUGUCUGCCGGUCUCCUGACUCCGAGGACGGUAAUGAAAUGGUCUUCUGUGACUCUUGUAACAUUUGUGUGCACCAAGCAUGUUAUGGCAUUACUGUUAUUCCAGAUGGACAGUGGCUGUGCAGGCCUUGUGGUGACGGUGUACGACCUACCUGCGUUUUGUGUCCAAAUCUCGGUGGUGCAAUGAAAUGUACACCAUCUGGCCAUAAGUGGGCCCACGUCAGUUGCGUGCUUUGGAUACCCGAGGUAUCAAUUGGUUGUGCUGAAAGAAUGGAACCUAUAACUAAAAUAUCUUCCAUUCCCCCUUCACGCUGGUCAUUAGUGUGUGUGUUGUGUCGCGAGCGCAAAGGAGCAUGCAUACAAUGCUCUGUAAAAACUUGUAAAACUGCUUAUCAUGUAACGUGUGCAUUUAAACAUGGACUAGAAAUGCGUGCAAUAAUAGAAGAUGAAAAUGCUGAUGACGGGGUCAAGUUGCGAUCGUAUUGUCAAAAACAUAGCGUUAAUUCCAAAAAGGAAAAGUGUCCUGGCUCUGGCUCGGAGGAGGAGGAGGUGAAGAGAAAGCGUCGAAAAGACAUGACGUCGGAAGAGAAGACUCAAGCUCGGGCUGCUCGGUUACAGGAAAUCGAAGCGGAGUUUGACCGUCAUGUUAGCAUGAAAGAUAUCAGUACUCACCUUCUUGAUGUUGAUCAAGAUGCUAUUAACUAUAUUUACAAUUAUUGGAAACUGAAGAGACGAGCAGGGCAUAAUCGUCCCUUGUUACUUCCAAAAUCAGAUGAUAGUGAACUUCUGACUCAUAGACAAGAACAAGCUGAUCUCGACAAAAUGAAAAUGUUUGUUCAGCUUAGACAAGACCUGGAAAGAGUGAGGAAUUUGUGCUAUAUGGUGAGUAGAAGAGAAAAACUCUCGCGUUCAUUCUUUAGAUUACGAGAGCAAACAUUUCAUAAACAAGUGGCGGUAUUAUCGGCGGACCCCACAAUAUCGGGAUCAGAUUUGGCUGCCAUUAUUGAGGCUAAUCAUGGACCAUCAAUAUAUGAUAGAUUAUAUUCUCACGAUAACGCACCGGACCAUCAGAAUGAUUUUGAUGCAUUAUUGGCACGAAUCGCCCCUCCAGAUUCAUGUGACGAAAAGAAGAAAGAUCGUAAUGGCCUAGUAAAGGGAUCUAAGUCAUCAAAUCCCUAUAAGAAACAUUACGUGAAUGGAUCGCGUCGAAGUGGAAGUGUGUAUAGUGAUCUCUCUAGUGAAGAAAGUGCUGUAGAAAUCAGUCGGCCUAAUAAAUAUCGCGGUAGAGCUAUUGGAUCUAGCACUGAUGAAGGUGCGAAAAAGCCUAGUUCACCAAAGAAAAAGGUAUCUCCUAAAACUAAAGGCAAGAAAAUACCCAAAAAGUCAGAGAGGAAAAAGAAGAAAGUGCCACAGUCUAAAGCAUUAAUUGAGAGUAGUAGUGAUGAUGAGUCAAUCAAUGAUAAAAUGAUGAAAGAUAGAUCUCGUAGUAAAACACUAACACAAAUGGAAAAAGAAAUGACAGCUGGAAAGUUAGGGCAGUCUGGUACUGAUAGUGAUGAUUUAAUGCCAAUAAAAUCAGUAAGAAACAAUAAGUUACCGAUAGAUCAGAUUUAUUCGGAUAGUAGUGAAGACUAUCCUACAAAAGCAGACACAAGUACAGAGAAACCAAAAACCGUAGAAAAAAUUAAGUCUGAAAAACCAAAAGCUGAAAAAGUAAAACCUGAAAAAUCUCCAGGUGGAACUGAUUCCCAACAACCAUUACCACGGACUAAAGCUGCAAUGAAAGAAUUUAUAUCAACUCAACCAGAGAAGAAACGUUCUGUCACUGAAGAAGAAAAGCCUGCUCCUAAGAAAAGAGGCAGGAAACCAUCAAAUAAAGAUAAGAAAGUUCCAGUUAAACCCGGGUCUGGUGAUGAGGCAAAGAAUAAAGAAAAUUUGAAGUUUUCAAAGCAGAAAGACAAUCCCACAGAUUUAAUUGUGCCACAACGUCAAGCUGCUAAAAAAGCAUCGGAAAAUAUGCGGUCUACGACAGUAGUAAAGAAAGACGAAUCAAUUACUGAAAAACCAGUAAGUGGUGAUGAUGCUAAAUCCAAACCAAAAAUAAAGUCGAAAGGUAAAGAAGUUAAGGAACCUGUUACCCCCAGUACUUCACCAAAUAAAGCAAGCAAGAAAAAAUCUACUAAAGAAGUUGAAAAGGAACCUAUUUCUUAUGUGCCACAAAGGCAAGCGGCUAAAAAAGCUGCGGCACAUAUUAAGAGUGGCCUUGGAAGUAAACCACUAGCCGUUGAAGCAACUGAUACUGAUAAAAAGAAGGAUGAAAAGCCAGAAUUCUCUAAAGUGUCACCCAGGAAAGAAGAUGUUAAAAGCACUAAAACUCCAACAAAGGAAAGUUCGAGCUCUUCGUCAUCAAGCAGUAGUAGUUCUUCAUCGUCGUCAUCAGAGGAAGAGCAAGAAAAACCUGGAAUUAAGCCAACAGCUAAGGCUCGUGAAAUUAAACCAGCAAUUAGACAGCCAUCUAUGUUUUCACCACCCGGGUCUAGACCCACAGUGGACUUGCCCUUUCUCGACAAGGUGUCAAGACCAUUGUCUUCAACCAGUGCAUCAAGUGACUGUGACAGCUCCAAGGACUCUAGAUCUGGUUCAGGAAGCCCCUCGCCUAAACGUCCGCGUAGACGACGAAAAGGAAAGAGUCUCUCCACAGAUACAUCUCCACGCAAGGCCCCAGACAAGAAGCUUAAAACUUCCGAACGGGGGUCCGAGCGUAGAGUAUCAUCACCGAUUAUUGAAGGAGAGGAAUCGAGCCGACCCGGCGAUGCGCGUGCUUCCACGCGUGCUCGGACCAGAAGCACUACUACAAGCGGAAAUAUGCCUAAUAAGCCUGAUGCCAGACAGCGAAAACAAUCUAAAGAGGACUCCUGUUCUACCACUGUCUCAAAUAAAACUUCCAAAGAGAGCGGCCAGUCCAGUGAAUUUUCAUCUCCGAAGCGGCAAAAGGACGAGGAGAUAAAAAGAGAAAUAAAGAAAUCUCCGAUUACAGAAGUACAGAUUAAUGAUGUCAAGGCAAAGACAACUAAACCUAAAAAUCGUACUUUAUCAGUGGAAGAAAAAGAUAAAAUUAAAUCAGAUACUGACGCUAGUACUCCAAUCAAAACUAGUCCAAGGAAAAGCCUAGAUUUAAAAUAUAAAAGCCGAAGAAUGAGUGUGAAAGAUCCUGGAUUGAAGGAAUUAGGAGCGUCAGCAAUUGAAGUUACCGAUACCGUCACUUCUAAACAGAGAAGGCCAAGUAGACAUGAGAUUAAACACGAGGUUCUCACCGCUUCUGGAUCCGAACACAGUAGUAUUUCGCCAGUUAAAAAGUCUCUGCCAGUUGAAAAACCUCCAGAAAUUGUAGAUCAUAGAAAAAGUCCUAUACCAAUGAAUGAUUUCACUGUUAGCGACAAACAUUGGUUAACGGCUCCUAGUCCUUGUGGCAAUCUUCCUCCUAUAGAGAAGCCAGGUGGUCCCGAAAAAUAUAUAACUGAAGAUAAAUCAAUGGAUUCUGAUUCUGCUGAUAAAAAUAGUGUCAAAAUGAUUGCAAAGAUUCAAGCAAAUCUAAACGAAAAUACAAUGAUUAAAUCACCGAAGACUCCUAUGGAUGCUAGAACAAUGUCCAUAGAAUCAAUGGAUGUAGAGACACCAAUGGCCAGAAACAUACGAAAACGAUCAACGAUUGAUUCGGAUAAAAAGUUUAUUAUUAAUCAAGAUUCCAGUCAUGUGCAGGGUGUCGAGAUCUCAAAAAGUGCUAAAAUACCCUCUACGGCAAAUCCAUAUCCUAAUCGCUCUAUGUUUUCACCUCAGCCUAAAGACCACGAGCUUUUCGAUUACGACAUAUUAGCUGUUGAUGAUGGUUUCAGUCAUGAUGAUGUGAUGAAACCUUUUACAUCAUAUCCAGAAUUUAUCUUUAAAGAAGACUCAAAAGAUCAAGGUGUACAGGAGACUCUGAACCUAGUCGAUAGGCUUAGAUUGCAACUGAGUUCUAAGAAGGCGCCAACAGAAAGUACAGCCCAAGAUGAAUCAGUAACUGACGAAAAAGACAAUAGGAAUCAAGAUAACAGCACCAUACCAAAUUCAGCAGAAGUUGAACAUGAUCGUGAUAACUCACCGGUAAAUAAACAUGACGAUGAUAGAAGCUCACCAAGGGAAACCCAAACGUCUGUUAAUCAUAUUCCACAAUCUUAUUCAUCAAAUAUUCUACCUAGAGAGACUAUAAUCGAUAGUAAAGACUAUAACCAACCAAUACCAAUGACAAGUAAUGACAAGUGGUCUGAUUUGCCUGUGUCUCGAAGUGAAACCCACAGUGUACAAUCUAAUGAUCGAAAAUAUGACCAUAUGAACGUUUAUCAAGAAGAAAUUAAAGAGUCAAACACAACUCAGUCAGAUGUACAAUCUGUUUCUGAAAUCGGAGAUACAAUAUCCUUAUCUAAACAAAGUGACGAUUCCCAGUCAUUGUCUGUCGUUGACCACUCUGUUCACAGCAAUGAUCAUGAGCUCACACAAGAUAACCAAACUUAUGAUAAUAAUAAUUCUUUAGUGCACUCAGAUUGCGCCACAGUCUCUUCACCUUAUAUUAGUCAAGAUGCCAAAUGGAGAGAAAGUAAGAUAGCAACUCGCAGAUCCUCUGCAUCAAGUACAAGCUCUGAAGGAUCUUUAUGUUCUCAGAAGACAGAUGUAAAAUCCCAUAUGAAUCAUUGUGAUUCACAUCAAGCUAAUAUAGUGCAUAUAGAUUCUUAUCCACCAAUACCUGCAUAUUCCUGUCCAGUUGAGCCAUCAAUGCCAUUGAAUCAAUAUAGUGCUUAUGGUCCAGAUGCCUCACCGUUCUUGAGUUCUUUGCCACUGUUUGCAACUGGUGUUUGUGCGUCAUCUCAGCUGACACUGCCAUCUCCAGGUCCAGGACUUUAUGCUCCAUCUUGCGGUCUUCCGUUCUCAACUACAUCAUUAUCAACUUUGAUGCAACCGAAACCAGCUUUCCCACAAUUAUGCGCGGCUUUUACAUCUUCAUCACAAAAUAUUGCGUUGACUACAGCUAUGAUAGCACCGCCAACACCUAAACCAAUCGAUUCUCCGCGAGAUGAUAUUGAUGUAACAGGAAGUGAUAAGUUUUCUAUACAUGUUGCGUCAAGUCCAAGCAUUAGUGUCGAUUCAUAUGAUACGCCCACCAAUAGAGCUUCUACCAAAAUGUCAAAUGAUAGUUGUGAAACUAUUGCUAGUUUACAUCCUCAAGAAUCGAAAUCACCUCCAAAAUUGACAAAAACUCCAUCUAAAUUUCCAGGAAAAUCACCUGGUAAAAGUCCAGGAAUCUCACCUAAACAAAGCGAAGUUACCAAAGGCACCAAACGCUCGAGUAACAGAAGCAAUCGAACCCAAAGAGGGCGAGGGCGAUCUAAGAGCCGAGGACAAGGUAUUCAUGGUUUCCCUGUGGACUAUAUGGGUAACUCUAUUCAAAAUAAACUGGUCGGUACAGUUUAUGAUUUCAAUGAAGAUAUUGCUAAUGACGGUGUUGAUCUCAAAGCGCUCAGAGAAAGACGUAAAUCUAUAGAUAUAAGAGAUGAUAGAAAAUCCGAGCAUUCAUAUAAAGAUGCUUCUCAGUCACCUCCUGUCGGUAGUCCGCAGCAGAUAAAUAAAAAACCGCCUCAAAUCGAAGCCAAAGACAUUAAACCUACUUCCGAGCCUCCAGAGCGUAAUACUUCACCACAUGCUAGUAAAACGUCUUCAGAUCGCGGGCCUGGAUUUUCACAAGUCCCACCCGUGUUACCUGGACCCGUAGACAUGCGCACCUAUGCUUUCGAAAACCCAGUGCCUGCUACUGGUAAUGUUUAUCACAACCAUUUAUUAGAGUUUGCCAGUGGCACUGCUGAUCAGCAGUUAGCUGAUAUUGAUGAAGAAGUUGAAAAGCAACUCCAUAGUGCGCUUAUGGCUAGCAAACCAAGAUCUGGCUCUCCAUCUGCAACUCCAGUAUCUGAAUUAGUAGAGCCCUCUCCAAAAGAAACAUUUAUUGCACAUGUGCCGAAAGUCUCAUUGUCUGACUCACGAAAUCAAUUAAAAGUCAAAAUAAAAGGUCCAUUCCUUGAUGCUAAUUAUUCAACUAGCUCAGUUCAGCCGGUCGUACCCCAGCCACCAGCACCGGUACAUGACGCCAGCAGCAGCUUUAACGUCUCCAGUGGUGCAUCGUCAAGCAUGAUGUCUGGCUCUACUAACUUAAGACGAAUGCGUAAAAAAGAAUUGUUGCGCCAAUAUUGGACACAGGAUAUGAAUAUGGAUGAUCCUACUGCCGCUUCUAUUAUGGGAACAACGCAACCACCGGCAGCGCCACCUCCGUUGGCUAGAGCUGUCAUUACAAUACCAAAAGCUGUCGCAUCUAUGACCAGUAUACCUACUAGAGAAGACUAUAAAAUGUGUGAUACUGCAGCAGAGAAAAAGAAACGGAAGACCACAAGUGGUUUAUCCCGCGAACUGAGACAUUUAGAAGUAAGCAUGAACGAUGCUGAUCCAUCAGAUGACACAAAGUUGUCUAGCUUCAGUGCUUCUAAUUCGAGCCAGUCGUAUAAGAGACGAGGUCGAGUUACUAUAAAGCCAAGCACUGCGAGUGCUCCUGCACCAGUGGCUCCUAAACUGAAGAUAAAAUUAAGUUCUAAUAGCGUGCAGCAGGUGAACGACGAUACACAAGGAUUCCAGUUACGCCCUCCAAAGAAGCGUCUGGUUAACUUACCGAAGACAAGUAUGGAGGAUGUCCGUCGAGAAAAUAUGAAAUUCCGAAGGAAGAUCAUGGCCGACUUUGAAGAACAUGAAAGAACUAAAAAACAUAAGCCCAGCAAGAGUGAGAAACGUAAGAAAAAGAAGGAUAAAAAAGCAGAGAAACUUCAAGUGAUAAACCCGAGUACUAGUGAGGGUUUGAGGAUAAAAAUAAAACUUAAAAAAGAGGAGGAGGCGCAAGGCAAGUCUUCAAAAGUGGCAGUCCCAACGGUAGCCGUACCGGCCGAACCACUUUUGGCUAGCGUGUCCGCUAGGGCGACUGCAGUGGCGAGCGCUUCCGCAGUGGCUCCUGAGCCGGUCGUUGACCCUUUUGAAUACGACCCUACUGCUCAAGACCCGCUCGCCAUCGAUCAGCCCUCUUACUCCGAAUCAUUUGCCAUGCGUAAAAUUCGGACUGAUAAAGUGACUCCGAUCCGGUUAAAACUAGCCCGUAGCUCCAAGGGUUCCGGAUAUGUCAUGAAAGAGGCUGGCGAGGAGGGAACAUCUGCGGCAUCGUCUGAGACGGCGCCCCCACCUGUCUCCUCGCCCUUGCCCUUAACUGUGAAUAAACACUGUGAAGUGAGGUGAUAUAAACCACGUUUUAGCCUAGGCAAGUAGACUAAGAUACGAACAAGCUUAAAAUCUCGUGUAUAGUUAUAGUUCAUAUAAAUUAGUGUCUGUAUAUUUCAAAAUAAUAUUAUCUUCUUUGUAAUGUUUAGUUAAUCGUAUUAUUUAUUUGUAUAAAUUGAAAGCUCAAGAAUUCGAUUAACUUAAAAGUUAUGCUAAGAUAUUAUAAAAUAUGUUAGUGUUGUGCACUCAGUAAUGUACAAGUAAAUUUUAUUGUUUCUGAAUAAUUUUUGUUAAUGUUAAUGUUUUAAUUUUCCUUAGUUGAAUCUCAUGAAUUUUGUCUUGAAAUAUGUAGUCAUGAUAAUACGGUGAUAUAUUUCCUUUUAUAAUUUCAAUAUCACAACAUACAUCACGAUUAUUGAGCACACUUCGGUACACAGUACUGACAAUCUUAUGAACUAUUACUUUGAUCUAUUCCCUAUUUAGUAUAUUAUAAUUGGCUAGUAGUAAUGGACUAUUCUCUUGGAUAGGCGUCAUAUUUAAUGUGACCACCGCAUCUUCAUGUCGGACGUCACAGCUUAGGACAUGAUUAAAUUAUAAAAUAUAUAUGCAGUGUAUAUAGUCUAUUAACAUUUUAUCUAAAAUCAUAUUUAUUUCUAUAUCGAAUUUAUUAUAAAAUAAAUCAAUAAUUUAAUUCUUUAUUCUAUUAUAUUUUCAUUUACAUACGAUCAUUUAAGUACAAUCAUUAGUGAGUGUAAAACAAAUUGCCGUGACACAACGUCUGUUCGGCCUAAUCUCGUAAAUCCGUAUUCCAAAUAUGUUUUUUAUUAUCUAUAGAGAAUGUUUUCAGAGAAAACAUUUAGAUUUAGAGACUAACUAUAAUAUUUAUAUGAUAAAUUGUGACAUAAGUUGGAAUAGAUGUAUAUUCGUGUUUUAGGUUUAGUAACACUGUCGAACAGAGAUAUGUUAAUGGAAUAUCCACACUAUAAUGUAGUUCUUUGCAAAUGAUUACAUAUCCUAAUAUUUCUGGUACCCAUAAUAAACUUUUAUACUAUUUUAAAAAUUUCCAUUUGAGAAUGGUUUUCUGGAUGAAAUCACCGGUUGUAAAUACUAAUGAAAAUAUUUAUGUAAAUUAUGAUAUGUAUAAAUUUGAUUACGAAAUGAAAUUCACUUAGGUUAUAGCUUUACACGUUAGCACCCCAGAAAUCAUAUUGUGCAUUCUAUUAUAACGUAUAAAAAAAUAAGUUUUGCGUACUAAGAUUAUUGACUGUAGUACUGAUUUUCGUUUUUAGACGGAUAACCAAUAAAUUAUUUCAGGUAUAUUUAGAAUGAAUUCUGAUUGACUAUUAAUUUGUAAUUAAAUAUUGAUCGUAUGUUUCCAUUUAUAAUAUUGAUAUGAAUAUUGAUCUUAUAUAUAUUUUAAUAUUCAUAUAAACUGUAAAAAUCAAGCUGAGUUCAGAAUAGGAUAAAUUAAUUAAAUAUAUGAUAGUAAGUGCAUGCAAAUAGUAUGAAACGAUUAUAAGACACUAAACUUCACCAGCUUUGUACAUCCUGAAUAAGUACUUGUUUAUGUAAAUUGAACUAGUAACCUUUACCUAUCGCGCUAAGGUUGAUCUAUAUAUAUAUACUUAAUAUUAACAUAUAUAUUACAUUAGAAUGUAAGUAUUGUACAUACCAACAUCAACUCUCCAUAACAAAAUCUCUAAAUGGCAAUGAAAUCGUAUCUAUUGCGGGUUUCUAAGUAAUCUGGAACAGAGACAGAUACUAAUGCGCCUUUGUUUUGGAAAUUACAGAGAUAUGGCCACUGAACAAAAUAAAAUCAAUAUUAUUUAUUUUGCCAUAAGGUUUUCUUUCCUGUUUUUUUACGCUCAUAUUUCUAAUUGGUUUUAUUUUACUAAAGUACACAUUGAACUAAUGUUGUCUUUGGUUGAAAUUACAAUUACCUAAAUAUAAUAAUUUUAUUUGAAACGCAAGUGUAGUAUUGGCAUAAACAUAGAAGAGCAGGGUUUAAGAGAAUUAUACAUUUCACUUCGGCUUUCUACAACAACUGAGUCACAAUGUUGUCAGGCCAACAAAGUCGCCAAGGGUUGUUUGUAACUAAUACAUAUUCAGGAUGUCUACAAACUCCGCUGAUUGGAAAUAUUUUUCCGUAAACGAUUACGACUUGCUAAUUCAUGAUCAAUGUCAAUUCUAAAAGUUUUUUUCAUUAACCUAUUUAAUAGUAUAACCAUGAUUGGGCAAAAAUAAAAAAACUGUUGACUGAUUCGCGUCUGUGUAUGGUUUUGGAUAAAAAUAUUUUGUUCAUGUGUUUAGUGCAAUAUUUGGCAAUACUCAAUUAAUAGUCAUAAUGACUUUAUAGGAGGAGAGUUAGGUUUUAAGUUCUCUUGUAAUGUUCUCUAAGCUAUUUAUUCCGUAUAACACAUAAUAAUCAAUUGCUUUAUUUGGAUUUACGACUGGUUGGUAAUUUAUGAAAAAUACGUAGGAUAUUAUUAAAAUGUUAAGAUUUAUGAUGCAACAAGCUUUCUUGCUUUUAUCACCCAAAACGGUUACAGCAAAUAAUACUCUACCGAAAAUUUGCCUGUGUGAUAAUUACAAUUUAUGGGCAUAAGGAAUUGACAAAAAUAUAAUAAAACAAUUCAAAAUCUAUCCACUUUAGUCGCUGGUACGACAUGAAUACGAUUUUGUAAGUUGAUUUUAUCUACUGACAAAACAAUUCGUUUUGGUCACAAAUAUCUGUUUACUAGCAAUUUUGUCACUGAAAGCCGUCUGUUCUAAAUUAAUUCGUGCGUCUAGUUGGAUUAGGUAUUAGGUUAUUUUAUACUUUUAUAUUUUUCUAAUUAUAAUUUUAUUUAGUAGAAAAAUACAAUAUUAAUGCAUUUAAUGUAUUUGUUCUUUGAUAUAUUGAGAGUGGAGUGGUCACGAUAUUGUUUAUAUUUACUUUAAGGUUCGUUUUAUGAAACAUGUUUCAAAAUCACAAACGAUAACAAUGAUAAUUAAAGAACAUACCGCUAGUGUCGACGUUUAAUGGGAUAUACGGCUUUCUGUUCUCUAGAGAAAUGAACAAUGUGCAUGAAGUUUUAUGCAUUAGGAAUAUUAUAUAUUCCCUUUGAUCUAACUAGACGUACAUAGGCGUCCUUCAUUCGAAUGGCAUGUGAUUGAUAUCGGCGAUGUCUUUAACGUAGUUUUCUAGUUAUUAUGAAAUAAAUUUAUAUUUUUUUAAUAAUAUUUAGAUUUAGUAAAAAAGUAUUGUAUCUUUGUAUUUAUUAUUUAGAAUUCUCUUCGGAUUUGUUUAAUAUCGCAGGAUAGCACGUUCUUAUUUUAUAACAUAUCACGUCUUAAAGCCUCAGUAUAAAAUAUAUAGUAAUAAAAUUAGUAAAUGACCACUCGAAUAUACAAAAUAGCCCAUACCAGUAAAUGAGUAAUUUAUUCGCUUUUUAAGUGAUAAACAAUGCUUGACUAUUAUUUUAUUUAGUUUGUUUUAUGUACAUUAAUUUAUUUAUUUUAUUAUUCCAAGUUUUAAUUUGAUAAUUUAUUUAAAACUUAAAUAACGUGUACGAUUCAAUUAAAGAUAAUGAUAUAUCUUCGGUCUGCAUGGGAUUAAUUAUAAUUUUGAUUUAUUAUUUUGAUUAUUAUAUUCAUUAUUAUAUUCACUAUUACUUUAUAAUUAUCGGUCAUAUGCCCCGACAUUUUAUAAUACGCCGUGACGACGACGGAUUAAUCGUGUCCACUUCAUACGGUACAAUGUAUAAUAAAUUAAAUCAUUCGUUACCAUAAAAUAUUUAUUUAUAAGGUAUUAAUCAGAAAUAUUAGUAGGGACUGUGUUAGGUUCUUGUAAAUAUUAGGGUAAGUAUGUGUAUGUUAGCUUAUAUUGAUUAAAAUAUUUGAAACCAAAAUUCGGUUCGGGUCUCGUUAGAAAUUUGAACUUGACCCUGUAUCUCGGCUAAUUCGCACACACCAAUCUUUUACCAAUAUACAGACAUGUCUUUAAGCUAUGAGUAGACUAGAAUCGUUGAUAAUUAGCUAUUAUUCAACUAUUUUUCAUCGAAUCUUUGUAUAUAAAAAGAUAAAUAAUGAAAUUCGAUUCAACAUCUGAUUGUCUAUCGCUAUAGUCUAAAUUAACCCCAUUCUAGAGCUUAAUUGUCACAAAAUGUUUUGAAGAAACUAUUUUUUACAAAUAAUAAAAUAUUAAGACAUAAAUUUAGUAGUGUGUAUGUGUUUAGUCAUAGACAAUGUUAAUGUUGAAAUUUAAGUGUAGUAAUAAACAAUUAUGUAAUUCUCUUUUGUAUUGAUACAUGUUUAAUAUGUAUUACUAUAUAAUGUUUUAUUGACAACCAAUUAUGUUUACUCACAGCUUGAUGACAUUCAUUUAAAUUAUUUAUUUAAAUAGUGGAAUAGAGUUAAGCAUAAAUAUCAUAUAUAAUUUAUUUUUUACUAUAUAAGGUUGUAUGUAAAUAAAUUGUGUUAGGACAUUAGAACAGGAUUGCUAUUACAUUCAAAUGAAUUACAUGUAGGUAUAAUACGUAUAAUUGUAAAUACAUAAGUAUAAUCAAUUGAUAUGGCACUCUCUAGAUAUCCAUAUUAAUAAUGUCUAAUGGUUAUUGUUAGGUUAAAUAAUGGUAGUGAAAUAGAGCUUCAAAUAGCUGACAAGUACCCAUGAUCUACACAAUCGAUGUAUUACUCCACCGGCUAAGUAAUUUUCUUAUUGGAUUUAAUAGCAAUGUUCUUAAAGAUACUACCUACUAGCAUGUUUGGUAGUGCGUUCACUAUGCCAGUAUUGAUGUAACUAUAGUAUACACAGCUAUGAUAUAUGUCCACAUGCACUUUGCAUGUUAAAAAUGUUUUGAAAUCACACCUGCAAGUCUUCCCUAAUUAAUUUAAUGUGGUCAUAAUAAAUUGUAAAAAUAUUUUUUGAUUGGCAAUGUUCUGAAAUUUCUGAAAAUAUAAUAUGCUAUGUUAAUUUUGUAUUUUACAAUUUUUAACGCACAAUUUAUCAAUUUGUUUUUAAACAUCACAAUUGGACAGUCAUCAUUACCUUGUUACUGUGAUUUGUUUAAUUUAUGUAAUUAUUAUUGUUUAUUGCUUAGGAAUAAUUUUGUAUGCGAGAUUCCGAUUGCAGGGAAUAAAAAUGAUUUAAAUUGUACAUAGUAUUUCAUAAUGAAUUUGUUUUAAAAAUAUUUUUCUAUAAAGUGAUGUAUGUAAUUUUUUCAUAGUAUGUAAUAAUUAGUAAUGUUUUUUUGUAUUUUCUAAUGAAGUCAUGUUAUUUAGAUUUCGUGCUAUAAGCGCAUGAGUUAUUGUGUAUUUUAAUUUACUGAGUGUUUAUAAAGAUGUUGUAUGGAAUUGUAUUUUACAGUAUAUUAUACGCGAUGGCGGUACGUGUGUGUGUUGUUGAUAUGUUUAUGUGAGGCGGUUACGGAUACUGACCCUAGUAGAUCUAUAACAACCAUCUUUGACCAUCUACCAUUGUACCAGUGCGCACGGCGGACGCUGGACGCUGGACGCGACGCCGGCGCUAAUGGCGCUACUCCCCAUUCCUUCCGCUGCGUGAUGUCGCAACGGAACUCACUUGAACCGUGCUUUUCUCUUGUCUGACAUUUACUUUUCGACUAGCUAUAGUAGUAUCCGGCUCGUAUAUGGAUGAUUCUGUUUAUUCUCAGUGUUUGUUGGUUGUGGUAUUUAAAAUUACGUAAUGAGUACAUCGUUCAUAUAAUUGUAUGGUAUCGUUAGAUUAACUUUAUGUGCCACAGUCGCAGAAAGUUAUAAAUGUUCUAGAUAAAGCCAUGGCUGAGCGACUCGUACCAGUCAUUAGUUUUAGGAAUAAUUAUUGAAUUAUUAAUAUUAAAAUUCACUACUAUUUAUGUUGUAGUCAGAUAUAAUCAGUUAGAACGUAAGAGAUUAACGUCUUAUACCAAUACCCGUAUAAGUAUUACAGUAAAACUUUAUUUCCAUUUGUGUAAAACUAGAUUGUUAGAAAUUAUUGGUAAAUUAUAAGUUGUACAAACUACUUAUGUACAGAUUGUUGUAAUAUAAGAGGAAAAUGUCGGUGCGGCGUUGUUGUGUGGCGGUCGGAUAAGGAUGUGAAGUUGUAACGCGGGUCAUGUAUAUAGUGUACAAGUGGUGUUGUAUUAUAACUGUGUUUUCAACGUGCACAUAGUCGCCUCAUUCAUUAAUAAAUUUUUUAGAUCAAUUA